CAUGAUCCAACCCCAACCUCAAAUCAAAACGUAACCUCAGACCGACCCUGAAUAGAAACCCAGGACGCGAGCCUCAGCUCAGCUAGAGGUGUUUAGUUGUGAAAUCAUGUAGUUAAAAUGCUACCUUUACAAAACUAUGCAAGUAAAAUAUGUCAAUUUGUGCAUUUAGCCAAAGUUUAUGUACCCGUACUUAAUUUCAAUAAAACUGUAAGGUUGGGCUUGCAAUAACCAACGAUGGAUGCUGUACCGGUUACGCUACGUUUCUGUAACCAUUGUACAAGUGUCCGGUCAAGUUGUAGUAGACGGGAACCAUUAGAAAGGAGAUGAAAAUGGCGUCAUAAAUGAAAACAAGUGAGGGGACAUUUCAAGCUUUUGCACUUUCGUCUAUAAUGGAACUCACAAAUUCUAGAAACACCUAACUGAUUCAGUGUCCUUAUCGUAAUUAUGGGUUCAGAUGGAGUACAUUCGGAGAAUAUGCAACAAAGUUCACGGUUCGUUUCGACGUGGCUAGUGGGCGGGGUGGUGUUAGGGUUGUCUGUUCUCGGAUUGCGAUUUGCUUUGCCGAAGAAGAAGAAGAGACCGAUAAGGGUGUAUAUGGAUGGUUGUUUUGAUAUGAUGCAUUAUGGUCAUUGUAAUGCUCUUCGACAAGCUCGGGCUCUUGGUGACCAAUUGGUUGUUGGUGUUGUUAGUGAUGCGGAAAUUAUAGCUAACAAAGGACCGCCAGUUACUCCUCUUCAUGAAAGGAUGAUUAUGGUUGGUGCUGUUAAGUGGGUGGAUGAAGUCAUCUCUGAUGCCCCUUAUGCUAUUACUGAAGAAUUUAUGAGGAAACUAUUUGAUGAGUACAACAUAGACUAUAUCAUUCAUGGGGAUGACCCUUGUCUUCUUCCUGAUGGAACUGAUGCUUAUGCCCUUGCUAAGAAGGUUGGUCGCUAUAAGCAGAUCAAGCGUACAGAAGGAGUUUCAAGCACUGAUAUUGUUGGUCGAAUGCUUCUUUGUGUGAGAGAGAGGACCACUGUUGACUCCCCCAGUCAUGCCUCCUUGCAGAGACAAUUUAGCCAUGGUCACAGCCAAAAAUCUGAAGAUGGUGGUGCUGGAAGCGAAACACGCGUAUCUCAUUUUCUUCCUACAUCUCGUAGAAUUGUACAAUUUUCCAAUUCAAAGGGAGCUGGACCUGGUGCUCACAUAGUCUAUAUUGAUGGUGCCUUUGAUCUUUUCCAUGCUGGACAUGUAGAGAUACUAAGGCUUGCUCGAGGACUUGGAGACUUUCUACUAGUAGGCAUUCAUACUGAUCAAACUGUCAGUGCCAAUAGAGGUGGACACCGUCCAAUCAUGAAUCUUCAUGAACGGAGCCUAAGUGUUUUGGCUUGCCGCUAUGCUGAUGAAGUUAUUAUUGGUGCUCCGGGGGAGGUGUCAAAAGAUAUGAUAACAACCUUUAAUAUCUCUUUAGUUGUUCAUGGGACAGUAGCCGAGGACAAUGAUUUUCAGAAGGAGAAGGGUAACCCUUAUGCUGUACCAAUUAGCAUGGGCAUUUUUAAAGUAUUGGAUAGUCCUUUAGAUAUUACAACGAGCACAAUAAUAAGGAGAAUCGUGUCGAAUCAUGAGGCAUACCAGAAACGAAAUGAGAAGAAAGCAGCUAGUGAGAGGAGGUACUAUGAGGGAAAGAGUUAUGUCUCUGGUGAUUAGUUGACAUUACAGAAUUAAGAUGACAAAUUGGUGGGGGGCAAGAAGCUGCUUCAGAAGAUGCAAAUUGUAAUUCCCCUCCCCCUUCACCUCCCCCACCUUUUCUCUUUGUUUUUUUUAAGUGCUUUUUGUUCUUCAACCCUUUAGGAGGUCUGGCCCCCCUGCGUCAAAAUGCAUGCCAGUGCACAUGACGUUCUCUAGUUAAACAGAAGUAAUUCUUUGACCAAAAACAUAAGAAGUAGAUAGUGAGAAAUAAUGUACCAUCAUGACAUUGAGGCGUCCUUACAGCAAGUAGACUAUUAUUUAUUUUUUCGUUUUUUCAUAAAUCAUAUGUUCGUCUAGUAUAGGGUUGUACUAUGAAAAGUAUUUAUGCAAUGCCCCUGUAUCAGCGAAUUGUGUUUUGGUACAUUUUAUUUUUGCGGAGCAGAAUAAUAGCUUGUGCAUAAUACUUUUUAA